AUGAGCGCACGAAAAUAUCCCGAAAAUAUAGCCAAACUGGACGACCGCACAUACUCCCAAUGGUUGUUGGAUUUGGGAAAGGGAACAAUACCGAACACUACUUUAAGUGCUAAAGCUAUAAUCGGAGGCAGUCGCGCACCACAAGAUUUAAUACAAAUUCCACGAACGUUUCAAUUGGAUAACAUCGACCGAUUAAUAGAAUUUGUUUUUGACAAUGAUUUCGUCAACAGGAACAAUGGCAAUAAAGCCAUCCUAUAUCCUACGAAUACGGAAGUGGCCCAUGUGAGUAACGUCAUUUUGGAUAAGCUCGUAAACAUCGAAGAGCGUACAAGGAGGAAUAGAUAUAUCCAGGCCUAUAAAACUAUAGGAGAGGUAUUAGGAGAAGAAAAUGACGGACGGGAAUAUAACGAACGAAAUAUCAUCGUUGGAUUUAUAAAAGAUCCCGUUAUGAACGUCCGAAGACGAGAAUUUAAUUUACCGGAGAGUAGAAGUGAGACUGCAGCGAUCUUUCAAGGAACAGAACCACCGUUCGAAGUAGCCUUAAUUCUAUAUCCACAUAAUCCAAAUACAUCUCAACCUCACCGGAGACACCACGAAUUGAAAAAUCUAAAUCCAAUGGCUUAUCCAUUGCUUUUGCCAUUAGGAGAUAACGGUUACUCAACCGAUUUGUAUUAA